AUGCAGCGCUGUCGCCUCGCGGUCGUCCCGGACCCGGACAGCGUGACGUUGAGCGCUGGGCGGGGAGAAAAAGCCCAGUCCAGUUUGAAGCCUUUAGUUGUCUCAGGAGUACAGAUUCUUGACUGCUAUAAGAAAGAAUUUGAGAGAUACUUAAUAGUUGAAUAUAUUGCAAUAAGUUCUUUGGUGGAAAACAACAUGGAUGUAAACCAAGUUUGGGUUCAGUGUGAAAAUGAAAACUGUUUGAAGUGGAGAUCGUUGUCAAGUGAAGAUGCAGCUAAAAUUGAUCACGAUGAACCAUGGUACUGCUUCAUGAACACUGAUUCAAGAUACAGUAAGUGCUCUGUUUCUGAAGAAGAAUUUCCAGAGGAAUCUCAACUUAACCAAAGUGGGUUAAAGUUUGUCUACUCACAGCUCCCUCUUGGAAGCCUGGUUUUGGUAAAUUUACAGAAUUGGCCAAGUUGGCCAGGUAUUCUUUGCCCUGAUCCUUUAAAAAGGAAAUAUGUUACCUAUGACCAGGCUGGAAAUGUUGAAAAGUAUCACAUAGAAUUCCUGGGUGAUCCCCAUUCAAGAUCAUGGAUAGAAUCAACAUUUGUUGCUCAUUAUAGUAUCACACUAAAGCCAGGAAAUUGUAAGAAUAAAAAGAAAUGGUACAAAAGUGCACUACAAGAAGCAUACCUUCUGUAUGGAUUUUCUUCUGAGCAAAGAUUGGAAAUGUGCUAUCGAUCCAAAAAAGAUAAAUCCACUGUGUAUGCUAAAGUUGCUGUGGUAUCCACAAAAAAGCUAGAAGCUUCCAAAAAAAAUACUGAAAAGAAAAGGCUAAAAUUUAGAAAAAAUAAAAGGGCAGACAUUUUAAAAUGCUCUUUUGAAAAUGUUUGUUCAGAUGAUGCAUUAUCAAAGGAAAACAUGGUUGUCUCUGAGACAGAAGUUUUACUUAAAGAGCUGGAACAAAUGCUACAGCAAGCACUAGAACCCGCAGCAACACCUGACGAAUCUGAAGAGGAAUAUGGAGCAAAAAUAAAUACAGCUGAAAAGUUAUGCAUCUGCGAAACUUCUACAGGCAGUCCAUUUGAAAACUGUUAUGAAGAGGACUAUCUUAUAAUUGAUGGCUCACAAUUAAAAGCUGGAGAAUGUAUUGAAAAUAUAACAAAUAAGUUUAAAGAAAUAGAUGCUUUGAUGUCUGAAUUUUAGGCCAUUAUCAUUAUUUUCCAAAGUUAAUUACAAAAUAUUUAUAUCUUUAAUUUUCCCACAGCCAAAAAUAUGUUAUAUGAAUAGGUAUGUAUUAUACCAAAACUUAUUUUAUAAUGACUUUUUACUUUUUUUGAGAAUAUCCAUUGUUCUUUAGAACCAAUUAAAUAGUAUCAAAAUUAGUGCUAAAGAGUUAAAAUUGGGGCUGGAGCAAUAGAACAGCGGGCAGGGCAUUUGCCUUGCACGUGGCCAACCCGGGUUCCAUUCCUAGCAUCCUCUAUGUUCCCCUGAGCACCGCCAGGGAUAAUUCCUGAGUGCAGAGCCAGGAGUAACCCCUGUGCGUCUCCGGGUGUGACCCAAAAAGAAAAAAAAAAGAGUUAAAAUUUUAGAAAUUCUGACAUUUGUGUUUGUAGAUUUUUUUUUGUCUUACCUUUUAAAUGUUUUAUGAUGUUUGCUGUACAAUACAUGAUUUGAAAUGAUUAUAUAGCUUUUUUAUUUAAAUGUGGCUGACUUGAAUUUGUUACAGACUCAUAAUUCUUUGAGAUAAUUCAAGUAUUUUAUACUCAAGAAAAUGUUUUUAUAGUGUAAUUAAGCA